AUGUUGCAAAGCUUAUAUGGUAUACGUCUCGCCAGGCAUCUUGUCGAACCGUCAAUUAAAGCUGUGGAUAAUAUCUUAAUAGAACCGGAUGGAAAACGAGUAAUAGCUGUUGGUGAACGAUCGUUUGACGAUCAAACAACUGCUUCACGAUCCACAAUGUAUCAAAAUAGCAUCAUGGUGAGCAUAGUAGAAGAUGGUGCAACUCCAAAUAUCGAGCCGAAAAAGCUUGUACCCUGGCUUCAUAGUAAUCAGAAAGAUGAACAACCAACAGAUUCUUUGGUCUCUUCCGACAGUCCUGCAGAUUCGAAUGGAAUCAUAGGUCCCGAAAAGAGCAAAAAUGAUAUCGAUAGCUUAUUGGUCACUGAAUUCGAAGAGGUAAAACCGGAAAUGUCUCUUACAGAAAGUACUCAAGAAACUGCAUAUGAGCCGGCUGGUAUGGAAAGUGACGAUGACGAAGUUAUCUUAGUCGCCGGAAAGAAAUAUUAUUUAGAUGAAAUUACACCCGAAUUGAUUGUUGAGGUUUAUAUAGAUAUUUUUCGUUUUAUACUCAGCAGCCUAGUGUGGAGGAAGGCGAAGAAAAUCAUGAAUGUAGAAAAAAUCAAGAAGUUGCAGCAGAAUGCAGCGCAGGUCCGGACAGGUGGUAAAGGCACUGCACGGAGGAAGAAAAAGGUUGUCCAUAAAACCGCAGCCACUGAUGACAAAAAAUUGCAGAGCAAUUUGAAGAAGCUUUCAGUCACAAACAUUCCUGGAAUCGAAGAGGUCAAUAUGAUAAAAGAUGAUGGGACGGUGAUACAUUUCAACAAUCCGAAAGUACAAGCAUCUGUUCCAGCUAACACAUUUUCGGUGACAGGAAGUGCCGAAAAUAAACAAAUUACUGAAAUGUUGCCUGGUAUUCUGAAUCAGUUGGGAGCAGAAUCACUAACACAUUUGAAAAAGUUAGCAAACAAUGUUACUAGUCAAUUCAAAUCUAAUGAUGACGACGAUGUUCCAGAUCUUGUUGGUGAUUUCGAUGAAGCAUCAAAGAAUGAAUCUAAAGUUGGUGAUUGCAAGCAUGAGCAUGAACAUGAACACGGACAAAAUUUUCAUCACGAAGGUGGAGAAAUGGAAGCUAAACUGGCAGCAUGA